UCAGUCUUCAAGAACAGAAGCUCGUGAAAGGUUGGAUCGUCGUCUUCCCUCCGAAAGUGCGUUUUGCCUGUUUACUCCCUCAAGUAUCCUCAACAUGGACAUUCCCAUGGCAGUGGUCUUGACCCUCUACCUUGGGUCAGCUGGAUUGGUCAGCUCGCUUCCUUGUCCGCCUUGUAGCUGCCAAGUCUUCGAAAAUGGAACCAUGCAAAUGAAUUGUAUUAACACCAAUCUGACGGAGAUACCCUCGCCUCCAAAGACAGGGAAGCACAAAUACAAGUUAUCCGUGUACUUCAUUGGGAACCGCUUGCCAGUAUUGACGAAGAAGAUAAUGACACCGCUUCAAACUCCUCAGAAAUUGUAUUAUCUCAGUCUAAGGAGAAACGGUAUUCGGCAAAUAUCUUGUGAUGCAUUUCAAAGUCUGGAUAUGUUGUACGGAUUAGACAUAAGCGAUAAUAACGUGACAAAUACAAGUCUUGAGAAAUCAUUUUGGGGCUUGAGAAAUCACGCCAGUCUACGACUUAACAUCAGUUCUAUGGGAUUGCACGUCAGCGAUGACUUUUUUCACCACUUGCAAAACAUCCCUGAUCUAAACAUCACAAUGAGGAAUAACUCGCUCUCUGAAAUCCCACAUACAGCAAUGAAAGUCCUCCGUCAUCUCCACUACUUAGACCUUGGACGGAAUGAUUUCUCCGACAUAAAACUACCAGAAAAUUACACACUUUGGACAUAUGAGCUAAGACUGAAUGACAAUAAGUUCAGGAAAUUUCCAAAUUUCUGCAUAUUAAACCACUCCAGAUCACAAUUUCCAAAUUUAAAAAGACUUCACUUUAAAUACAACAAAAUGGAAGAUCUGAACAGUGACCAUUAUGACUGUUUGCAUUUUCUGACCCAUCUAUACCUUGAUGGCAGUCCUCUACGUAUUUUAAGGAGAAAUCAGUUCGCAAGACUCCCCAAGUUGUACUUGAUAUCACUGGCAUACGUAGGGUGUGCAAUGGACAAAAUAGAAGGCUUUGUUUUCAAUAAUACGGCUUUAAAAUAUAUUGACUUCCGUAAAAAUCACAUUUGGAUUAAUGAACACAAUCUGACAAUGUUUCAUGGCUGCACGUCCCUGGAAUCGCUGAACUUGGAGGAUAAUAUUCUGCAAAAAAUGACUCAAAAUGACUUUGAUCAAUUGUUUAAAGAUCUUCGUUUCCUGGUGUAUUUAACAAUAGGUAGGGGAGGUCUUUAUUAUAUUCCAAGAGUCAUAACAUCAAGUUUAACAAAGUUGAGAAAGCUUGAACUAUAUGGAAACGGAAUUCCCUCUUGGGAGGAAGGUCGACUAGACAAUCUUACACGAUUAGAGACAUUACAUAUGAGAAAUAAUAGAAUUACGGUGAUUACACAACGUUCAUUUCCUGAACAUUUUAUAAAGGGUGCAAAGGGUUUGGACUUUAGCCAUAACAUAUUCUCAUGCACGUGUAAUUUGUUGUGGUUUGUUGAGUGGAUGAAGUCAAAUGAGAAGAUAAUAUCAUAUCUGUAUGAUUACAGAUGUGAAAGUCCUCAUUUUCUCAAGGGGACUGGGCUCCUUAAUCUGACGUUAUCUGAAAAUAAAUGUCUGUUGAGUCAGAAUGAGCGAAUCAUCACCCUAGCUGCAGGAUGCAUAUUGAUAGUGUUCCUGGUGACAGGGGCAGUGAUGUAUCGCUACCGUUGGCACAUCCGAUACUUCAUCUACAUGGUCAGAUACAAUCAACGUCAGGAGGUGGACACACGCGAAUACGAAUAUGACGCAUUUGUGGCCUACUCUGCAGCGGAUCGUCAGUGGGUCAUUCGGAAUAUGUUGCCUGUUCUGGAAGGAAAUGAAAACCUGAAACUCUGCGUUCAUGACAGGGACUUUGAGGUUGGAAAAUUAAUCGUGGAUAACAUAGUUGAUGCCAUUGAAACAAGCCGAAAAAUCGUCAUCGUUCUCUCCAAUGAGUUUGCCAUAAGUGACUGGUGCCUAUUUGAGCUGAACCUCAUCCAGCGUCACGUGCUGGAGAAUGGACAGCGCCUCCUGGUGGUGGUGAUGCUGGAGGAGAUAGACACACGUCACGUGACCAAAGCUAUGAGAGCCAUGUUGCAGACGACAACCUACCUGAUGUGGGGCGAGGAAGAGUAUGCCAAAAAAGCCUUCUUCGACAGGAUGAAGAUGAUAUUGCGGAGGCAAGAACAAAAUUAACAGAAAAGAAGGUUGUCAGUUUGAAGAACAUAAUAAUCUGAUUGUUACUGUGUCAGAGUGGAGUAUUCCGGAGACGGCCACCGUGGUCUAGCGUCCGACCGGAGAGCGGAAGGUCCGGGGUUUGAUCCCCGGCCGCGUCAUACCAAAAGAUGGUACUUGUUACCCUGUCUGGCGCUCGGCAUUAAUGAGCUAAAACAAGGACUGCUCGGCUCGGAGUCAGUACACUGUGUCAGAGUGGAGUAUUCAUGUUGUAUUCAUGGGGUACCUUCCAACGUGGACGGCCUCCGUGGUCUAGCGUCCGACCGGAGAGCGGAAGGUCCGGGGUUUGAUCCCCGGCCGCGUCAUAUCAAAAGACGUUAAAAGAUGGUACUUGUUGUUACCCUGUCUGGCGCUCGGCAUUAAGGGGCUAAAAC